AAGUCCAGUGUUUCCUUUGUUUGUGCUCUCUCCUCGGAGGCACCAGCUCAAGCUGUUUCUGUGUUACUACGCUUUAUGGAACUAGACUUUUGAGACUUUGCUAAGGGAAACCCAGAGUCGAGCCGGCAGUUGCUGUACCAGCUGUCCCCACUGUGCAGGAUUUCUCCCACCCCUGCUGAUUGUGCGUCCAGUGUUUGACCAAGCUUUAUAGCCAACUGCAACAAAAGCAUUCUGUGAUGGCACUGGGACCUGAACGCUCAACUGUGGUUCCUUUAAGACAGGUGGAUUCAGGCAGACUUCAGGAACUGGCUAAUCUCGGCCAGGACUCAGGAGUGAUGUCGCAACAACUCCUCUACCGUGCACUGGUGUCUGCAAAAUGGCUUUCAGAAGCCAUCAAGUCCCAGCAAGCUGGGCUGGCCUUGAGAAUCGUGGAUGCAUCCUGGUAUUUGCCGAAGAUGAAGCGUGACCCAAAGAGGGAGUUUGAAGAGCGCCACAUCCCUGGUGCAGUUUUCUUCGACAUUGACCAGUGCAGUGACCGAACCUCACCUUACGAUCACAUGUUGCCCAAGGCUAGUGACUUUGCCGAGUAUGUGGGGAAGCUGGGUGUGGGGAAUGAUUCCCAUGUUGUGGUGUAUGAUGGCAGCGACCAAGGUCUCUUCUCAGCGCCCCGGGUGUGGUGGAUGUUCCGGGUCUUUGGUCAUGAAGCUGUUUCCCUUCUGGAUGGUGGCCUGAAGAACUGGCAGCGAGAGGGGCAUGCGCUGAGCUCUGGGAAAACCCAGGUAGCUCCAUGCGAGUUCCAUGCCUCCUUGGACAAGUCCCUGGUGAAAACAUAUGAGGAUGUCUUAGAUAAUUUGGAUUCUCGUCGCUUCCAACUAGUAGAUGCCCGUGCUGCAGGACGGUUCCGAGGAGUAGAGCCAGAGCCCCGAGAUGGAAUUGAGCCUGGUCAUGUCCCUGGGUCAACGAGCAUCCCCUUCACUGAUUUCCUCACAGAGUCUGGCUUAGAGAAGACCCCUGAACAAAUCCGCACUCUGUUCCAGGAGAAGAAGGUGGACCUCUCGAAGCCGGUGGUAGCCACGUGUGGCUCUGGGGUCACUGCCUGCCACGUGGUUCUGGGGGCAUACCUCUGUGGCAAACCAGAUGUUGCAGUGUACGAUGGGGCCUGGGUGGAAUGGUACAUGCGGGCACAGCCGGAAAAUAUUAUUUCUGAGGGAAAGGGGAAGACUGUGUAAUAAGCUGCUUUGUCUCCCAACUGUACAGCUGAGAGCUGUUCUUGUGAUGCAGGCAAAGCACUGGGAAUAUUGUGAAGACCAAGACAAUGUUUUCAAAGCCUGGAGACUGCAAAAACCUAUUUUGAGCCAUAACAGAUGCUACUGGACAUAUGGAACAGCUGAGGGGACUUGCACCAGGACUAUAAAUGUUCUGCAGAUCUUUAUAUUCCUGACUCAGUGGGUGGGUUUCCUAUGGGAACUGAAAGCUGGGGAGAAGUUGGUAUAAUGCAAAUCAUUAAUGUUCAUUACUUUCCUGUGGAAAAUUUGCCACAGGGAAAUGGGAAUAGCAUAUCUUUGGUGGAAUAGGGCUCAUGGUGGCCAAAAAGUAGCCUAAAAAACGGCCAUGAUGUAGGAGAAAGGUCACACUGACCUGUGGCUAACUUGAGACUCGAGUUUUUACAGCUCUCUAUACAAAUUUGAGAAUUCCAGGCCAGCAUCUAAACUCUACUGGUUUAUUGGUAAAUUUUACUAUCUGCAAUACUUUUGUCCUGAAAGAGUUUUGGACUCUGUGAAAACAGUCUGGUCUGGUCAAAAGUAAUCCCACAGUCCCUUGUUCCUCACAUGUCUUCUUUGUCACCUGCCUUCCUCUCUCUUCCCUACUGCUGCCUAGCAGUCAGGUUGCACUAUUUCACACUUCAUUUCCCAGUAAACUUUUUGUUCCCUUGCAAACUUUUCCAGAUUCUAAAGCAGCCUUUCUUUACAGCACCACUGUCCCAACCCCUGCAUGAGCAAUGGUAAUUGCUGUUACCUACAGGGAUUUUUCAUGUUCCUCCCAUCUCUCCUGGUCCCAGCUUGCAACCAGGUGCUACAUGACCAUUCUCUCUCCUUCUCCUAGCACUCGUCCAGCAAAGGUGCCGAGUGAUGCACAGGUACACUCAGACUUUAAAGGUAUAUUGCUCACAGACCUCACGCAGCACAAGAAGCUGGAGGAAGAUUAGCUCGCCUGCAUGCCACAGGGCCUUUCUCCCUGCUCCAAUAUGCCUGGCUCAGCUAGCUGUUGAGCAAGACUCUGCUGUCUGCAAGUGAACUAUGUUCCUCCCACAUCCAAGUCCAGUGCAGGGAGUUUUCUGUGCCUGUUCAUGUUGGCUUAAUGGCAAAACGUCAGAGCAUUACUUGUCCUCCCCUCUCCGCUUCCUAUAGAAAAGAGAGUGGCACCAAUCCUACAUGGACAUGUUGACUAAUUCUUCCUGAUUUCUUCUUUGGUUCCUCAUGCCACAUAAUCCCAGAUAUGUAUUCCCAACCUGCCAGAGUGGUGACACUGUCCAUACCAACACAUGGCGAUCCCUGCUCCCACUGCUGCUCCACAAUACGACAAUUCCCUAAGAGCAGCUCCACAACGUCAAUGAUGCAUCAUAUGCCAUGGACACAGCUGACUUGUCAGGCUGCAAUGGAAGUACGGAGCGCUGCAGUGUAUGUAGCUUUCUGCAGGAUUGCACUGCAGGCCUGCUUGCUGCUGAAACUCUCAGUUUACCCUCUACUCUGUUCUCUUCUGCUCUUGUUCAGUCCAGUAUUCAAUGGCUGUCAAGUUUUUCCUGCUCCCAGUCUGUCCGUGCAAUGGUCCCUGUGAUUUCACUGGGUACUUAGCAGGGCUGUACAGUGUUACACAAUCAUACAGCCCCAUGUAAGCUCCUGCUUGCUCUUUUCUCUCUGUUUCUGUGAUGUGUUUUAUAUAUAGUUAUCAUCAAAGCAGGAGGAACAGCCGUAGUAUCAUAAAACAUUCAGGCUGGAAAAGACCUCCAAGAUCAUUGAGUCCAACCUUUGACUGAACACCACCGAUUAUUUAAACUUACCUCUCCUCUGUUCUAUUGCUUGAUUUUAAUGGACCUUAACAAGGGCACGCUAGUUGCAUCUCAGAACUAUGUCUGGUGAUGACGUGCAAUCAGGUCUGUAUUUAGCCCACACCACCAACUCAUCAGAGCAUUUCAGUGGGUAACUCACCACAGACUGGCUUCUCCCUAAAUAGGACUUCCACAUACUGUGGGAAAAUCCCUGCCCUAGUGAGUUUCCAAUAAAUUUUGUGCUGUAUGUUGCAGAAGA